AAAUCCGUUCUUUUGUAUUCACUCAAGUAAAAGCGACCGAAGCAAUGCGAGAAUAAUCGUUACGGUUGAUGACCGCUUUUAAUAAACCCGGUUCAAUAUGACGUGCUAGUCUGGAGGCUGUUAAAUUUAUAAACAAGAAGGGCGUUUACUUUCUUAUACUGCCAGUGGUCGUGUGUACAGUAGAUAGGAGGACUGAUAACGAACCAAAAGGGCCCAGCAAAUUAUCUUCUGGGCUGCCAAGACCUGGCCGCUGUUAUUUUCGGAUAUUUUUCGUCGGCCAUUGUGACAAACGAUCGCUCAGGAUUUUUAAUUCACACUUUUGAUCAGCGACUUGGACCUUUUUUACAUGCAUCCGUGACUUUGAAAUAUUUGAAUAAUUUUACGAUCUGUUUUAGUGUCAAAAUGGCCUGGCCAGGAGUGCUACGAGUGGCAUUCGUCCUUACGUUAAUUUCACUGUUUUUCAUUCUUGUGGGGUAUCUUUUACCCUGGUGGUUUGUUGGAAGUGGUUUUUACAUGGGCGUGUUUUACGGACUUAUUUGUUACCCGGGGGAUAUUACAGAUGGAAACUGUACUGUUUACUCCUACUACAACAUAAAAUUUGAAAACUCGAGUCUCGAUCAAAUUGUCAGUAGUGUGUUUUUCGUCAUCAUACAAGUGGUGACCUCUACAGCGGUUGGAUUAACUCUCCUCGCCAGCCUCAUACUCAUUAUCGGCGCAUGCGGGAACGUCAAGAGUAAAUGCCCUUAUGUUCUAGCGGCCAUUUUCCAGUUUUUUGGAGCUUUGGUAUCAGGACUGACGGCAGGAUUUUUUGCUGCUGUGUACAUUUCUAUUUUCGUCGGCUUAAAGGACCACGUAUCAUUGGACGGAAAGAAUUUCCCGUACGCAAUUCUCUCAUUGGGCAUUGGCGGUUUCAUAUUAUUCAUCGCUUUCAUUUGUCUUGCCAUUGCCACAUGCACCUGGAGAAACAUGGAUGACGACGAUGAAGACGACUUGAAUCCGCCUUAUCCAAUGAAUGACUAUACAAAAGGUGGCUAUGGUAACCAGGGGUACACCAGCGACAGCAGGAGAAAUGACUACAUCGUCCCUAGUAGCUCUCAGAAAUACGGGUACGAAUCAAGGAGUGACUCUAGGAAUGGCUACACAAAGUACACAGGGACCAGGAAUGAAUAUUCCGGAUCACGAAAUGGUUAUCAGAGCAAACAGGAAUACCCAUACAGAAACGAUAAUAUGUACCGACCAUAUAACAACAGCUCCUCUCGGUAUUAGAACAACGAGGAUCAGAUCAUUAACUCUUCAAACACAAAUUUAAGUUCAUACGAAAGCAAAUCAGACCGCAGAGUUGUCAUGAGAGGUUCAGUGUUGUGACCUUGCCAAGGUUAUUUCUCACUUUAAACAUUAUCUAUUUACAUUUUCUAACAACCCCCUCAGAAAAGUGAGCAAAAUUUGGCAAGAUUUUUGCGGUCAUACAUCACUCACUCAAACAUCAAAAGCAGACCCGAAUCAUUGUAUGAAGGAUAAGAGAUGAGAGAAAGAAAAUCAAUGGCUUAAAGAUGGUGUGAAUUUACCCAGUAUCAUAAUUGUUAAACAUAUGUUAUUGAUAUUAAAUAAUAAUUAUAUUUUCUUUACCUUUAUUGAAUUAUUUUGUAUGAUUUAAUUUAAAAUAUACAAAUUAAAUAGCUACAUGUUUA